AUGGCCCCUUCUCGUUCCUCGCUCAUCAAGCUUUUGCUGCUCGCCGUUGCUGUCCAGUGGUCGGUUAGUGCGGUGAAUGCAGCCGCGUUAACGACAAGUAGCUCCUCGACUCCAGAUGCUGGAACGACGACUUGUAUCACAUUCGACUUCCCUGGAGAAACAGAUGCGGGCACGACUACUGAUUCAAACGGAAUUGCAGUAACUCCAGUCACCAGCACGACUCCUGGUGCUGGGACGACUACGGAUUCUAAUGGAAUCACUGUCACUCCCAAGGCAAAGCUCUUCCACCAAGUCCACCCACAGUACCAGUACCUCCACCGUCUCACACAAGCAGACUUUGACUAUCACGAGCAGCUUCCCACCGCCGAGUUGCUGGACGACUGUCGUCUCCAUCCCUAAACAACCUGUGCCCACCACUUGGGUGGCCUCGACUCGAAGCAGCAGUGCGACUGGUGCGGGAACGACUACCGAUCCGGUCGAUGUACCUGGAGGUGGACAUGGUGGACACACGAGCUCAAGCACCUCCACUCCCGGAAGUUAUACGACUCUUACUGUGUGCAGCGUGAGUAAUCUUUCUUCUUCUGAUUCAAGCUUAUCCCUUUGGACAGUAA